UGAGCGAGAAGUGGAAAAAUAAAAAAAUAAGAAAAAAAUGUUUUAAAUUCGUUAGAUUCGGCUUUCUCUAUGUAACGAGUAGGCACCGAAGAUGUCUUUAAAAGAGAGAUUUUGCGAAAUUUAACGUUUUUUUUUUAUUAUUUCUUUCUUUUAAGUCGUUUUAUCAGACUUUUUUCACAGUGAUGAAAGAUAAAAGCCAAAAUGGAAAAUGACUAUUUAAAAAAGAGAGAGGAUUUGCAUAUAUUAGAUAAUGGAUCUAUAAAUACUUCUGUUGAGAUAAAGGAUAAAAAUAAUUUAAAAUUUUCCAAUGAAAACAACUGUUCUUUUGAUAAAACAUUAGAAGUUCAUAUUCCUAGUCCUGAUGAUGCAGCUCUACCACAUAAUGCAAAUCAAGAUGGCUUAACUAAGAAAACUAUAAAUGUGCCAAAGAAUGAAGAAAAAAUAAUUACUUCUAAAGGAAAACUGAAACAGCAAAGAUUAAUGCCAAAGACUAAUCCUGGCACAAAAAUGAAAAUUAGUAAUUCAAAGAAGACAAAUCCAGAACCAAAGAAUAAGACUAUAACUGACUAUUUUCCUGUAAGAAGAAGUGAUAGAAGAACACUAGUCACAAUUAAGAAAGAAAAACAGAAGGAAGUUGAAGAUGCAAUUCUUUCAGGAAAAGAAGAUGGAUUUGAGAUAAAAGAAAUUAUAGGUAAAGGGAGAGGUGUUAUUUCAAAACGAUUAAUUAAAAGAGGAGAAUUUGUUCUUGAAUAUCAUGGUGAUCUGAUUGACAUGGAAGAAGCUAAAAAGAGAGAGAAAAUAUAUUCCAAAGAAGAAAAUACUGGUUGUUACAUGUAUUAUUUUCAUUAUAAUAAUAAACAAUAUUGUGUUGAUGCAACAAAAGAAUCUGGAAGAUUAGGAAGGUUGGUAAAUCACAGCAAGAAAGGAAACUUGAAAACAGAAUCAUUUGCUGUAGAAAAUAAACCUCACUUAAUUCUUGUGGCUCGUCAAGAUAUUCAACCUGGUGAAGAAUUGUUAUAUGAUUAUGGAGAUAGAAGUAAAAAGUCUUUAGAAUUUCAUCCAUGGCUUGCAACGUAACUUUUAUAUUUAUUUAUAAUAAUGUACAAUAUUUCUGUAAUAUAAUUUUUUCAUUCUUUUUUUUUGUAAGUACAUUAAAGAUUUUAAUGUAGCUAUAAUUAUUCAAAUAACAAAGAAACAAACUAUAAUUUUUGAAACAGUUUAAAGUAUUGAUUUAUCUAUAUUCUGUAUUAGAGAUAGGUAUAAAAGUUUAAUAUUAUUUUCUGAUAGUUUAUCUUAAAAAUCAUAUGAGCCUUUGUUGGAAUAUUGUAUAUAAAAUAUAUAUAUAUUUAUCGUAAACAUAUGUUGUAUAUUAACAUCACAUUUUCAUCAAUAUAAUUCAAUAUGACUGAGCAGUAUUUUAUAAAUUGAGAAGUAUGCUUGUGAAAAUUUAGAGAUAGAAAUGAAAAAAGUAUAAAAACAAGUAUCAAUACAAUGCCUUUACAACUUAUUAAAAAAAUGGCCUUGUCUUCCUCUUGAAUGAAAGUGCUUUGUAUGAAAUUAUGACCAAAUUGCAAUAGGCAGAGUAGUAAUGGAUAUUAGUUUGAAAUUUGUAUUCAUUAAAAUGUAUUUAUUAGUUUUGAAAUUUACAAUAAAUUCAUUAUAAAAGUUUGGUAUAAAACAAAAUCUUGUAAAUUGUUUCUCUAAUUAAAAAUUUCAAGUGAUAAAUGAAC